AAUAAUAGUACCUCAUUGAAUUUUUUUUAAACUAACCAUGGUUAAACACUCCCUAGUUUCCACUGCCAGCCUCUGCUUUAUAAGCCAAUCAAACGUUGCCGGAGUUAAUGCAUACAAAUCUAUCAAAUCCAAAGACGCCAUUAAAGUCAAAGCAAGAGAGAUGAUGGUAGGAGAAGCCUGUUAUCCCAAUCCAACGGUUCAUAUUCCGCCUUGGCCUUAUAUCGAUGAUGAUCUGACGGCGGAAAACAACUUCGGCGAUAUCAGCAACCCGUUCCUUCUCCGGGAAGCGUUAGCGUCGCUUCAAUGGUACUCGUCGGCGGAGGAACCGGAUGUCGAGUUGGAUUCUGUGUUCUCCGGUUUGGAAAGCCCGGAUUCUCCGGUUGAUGCUUACUCGUGCGAUCAUUUCCGGAUGUUUGAGUUUAAGGUCAGGCGGUGCGUGCGUGGCCGGUCGCAUGACUGGACCGAGUGUCCGUACGUGCAUCCCGGCGAAAAGGCUCGCCGGAGAGAUCCGAGGAAGUUUCAUUACUCGGGUACGGCCUGCUCCGAUUUCAAGAAAGGGAACUGCCGGAAAGGGGACUCUUGCGAGUUCGCUCAUGGGGUUUUCGAGAGCUGGUUACACCCGGCUCGUUACCGUACUCUUCCGUGUAAAGACGGGUCGGGUUGUCGGCGUCGGGUCUGUUUCUUUGCUCAUACUCCGGAGCAGCUUAGGGUCGUCAACUUUGCUGGUUCACAUGAUAGUUCACCGGCUGAGUCUUCUCCGCCGGUUUCGCCUAUGGCACAGUUGCCUAGUUCGGCGCCAUCUAUUAACUCUAUGGUUGCUUCUUUGAGGAACAUUCAGCUCGGUAAAGUCAAGUCUUUGCCUUCAUCCGGUUUCGGGUCUCCAAGAGUGACCCGACCCUGUUUAAGCAGCCUACCCAGCACUCCGACCGGAAACGUGGCCCGUCCUGGGUUCGGGUACUUGGAUUUCUGGGAUGAAAGCCGUAGAGAAGAGCAGGUGAUGGAAAGAAUCGAAUCGGGAAAGCAUUUGCGUUCAAAAAUGUUCGAGAAAAUGGGUAAAGAGAACUCGUUGGAGCGGGUUAACUCGGGUCAGUGUGACGGAGAUCCUGCUGUGGAUUGGGUUUCGGACCUGGUGAAUUGAGCAAGCUCGGUCGAGCUAAAUCUUCUUUGUCACUUCUCUGUAAAUAGUUCCACAAGGAUAACUGAAGAAAAAUAUAAUUAUAAUAUUGUAAAUUAUGAAAAUUCUCAAAAUUUAAAGUAUAUUUUGGGA